CCGUCUUCGCCCACCGCUCACCCUUUGUCACCAACUCAUUGGAUAUCGAGUCAUUCAGAGUUGCAAGGAGCCUCCGCCGCAGUACCAGUAGCACCUUUCUCAACCCCGGUUCGUCUUGACAGCUACCUAUUCGUACGGUAGCUAGCCGCCUUGGUCCCACAGCUCCUUCGCCGGGGGAAGAUCGACAUUCGAGGGGCACCAACCGUCAGGGAGUGCUCUGUAUUGCGUAGAAUACCUCCCGGUAUUGUUGCAGCACCUCGAGGCUCAAGGGCAUCUGUUCCUGACAAUCCAAUCUCCCCCGCCAUCUUUCGCCAUCCUUUCUCUCAACCUGGGCGCCGCCGCUCAAUCAUAAAAGACUCCACCAAACGGCCCUUUCAUUGGCGAGUCCCAAACAGCCCCAAGCCACGCCGUCGCUCUUGUCGCUCCAGUUCCCUUCCUAGGGCCCACGUCUUCCCGCCGGGACCAACAUCCGCUUGCUGCCAUUAUCCACAGAAGAGACAAACCCAGCCGGCGAGCAACAACGGUCAAGAGCCACACCCCAGCCUCUAACACUUAAGGUGUUCCGUACCGCCAGCGGCCCAGCCAGAUAGCCCACUUCUGCCCCUCGUUGCUACAUUAGGCACCGCCGUAUCCCGCCGAACCACCCACCGACCGGCUGCCGAGUACACUGUACAGUAUAGCACAUAUCCCUCGGCCACGCCCACCCCGACACUGAUCCACGACCAGGCGUAGUAGCAACAUACGAGAGCCGCCCUCCAACAGCCAGUCCAUUUGGAAUCGACACUUCGUCUCGACACCUCUCCCGCCGCCCUUCUUUCGCUCCUUCCACAGCCUACCUUCCCCCCCACGACGUCCACACCAUGGCUGCCAGACCCGCGCUCUUCACCCGUGGCCUCUCGGGACUCUCCCAGAGCACCACCGAUCCCAACUCGCCCAGCGUCAGCUCCCCGGCCGACCAGCGUGACGAUGCGAAGCGAAACUUCCUCAAGGCCAUGCGCCCCCUACCGACACAGCACUACUGGAACGUCUACUUUGACAAGCAAUCGAAAGAACAGCAAAAGGCAACCGACGAUGAAGAGUACAAGGUGCAGCUGGAGCAGCUCGGCUCGCAGAUCGAGUCUGUCCAGGACUUUUGGAAGUACAACAACAAUACCCCUGUCGACCAGAUCAAGAUGCGCGAGUCCAUCUACCUCUUCAAGCAGGGCUUUAAGCCCAUCUGGGAGGACCGUCGCAACAUCAACGGCGGCGCCUGGACCUUCCGCGUGCCCAAGAACAUUGGUCCCGAUGUGUGGACCCGCGUGCAGCUGCUGGCCAUUGGCGAGAAGCUGCAGAGUGUGCUGGACGACAACGACCAGAUCUGCGGCGUCGGCCUGUCGGUGCGCUUCAACUCACACCUCAUCUCCAUCUGGCACCGCGACGGCUCAAAGCAACAGUCCAUCGACGCCAUCCUCGAGUGCGUCCUUGAUGAGCUCCCUGCCGAGCUACGCCCCAAAGCCGACAACUACUUUUACAAGCGCCACCAGGACCACGCCAGCUUUAAGGCCCCUCCCGAGCUCCAGGUUGUCAUCGACUCGCAAAAGGCCGCCGCCGAGAAGGCGAAGGCGACAGCGGGGGGCGCGCCGGCUUAGAGCGCCGAACGCGUCCCUCCGCGUUCUGCCCCCUUUUAGGAGACUGACCUUCGCCGGGGAAGGCCAGGCUGCUGUGAGAGGGGGUGAGGGGGUUCUUUCUUUCUUUCUUCGCAGGUUUCUCUUUUUUGCACAAAAAAGGGAACCGGCCAGUCAGGACGUAACAGAGAGACAAAUCCGUUUCUAGCCUUCAUGUCACCCUCCACCUUCGGUAAGCGACAUUAUUCUGGGGAUUGUGAGGAAUCAAAUGAUAUCCUACCCUAUUCCUCGCGUCAGGUCACGGGCACACACAAUACACAACCAUUAGGGGAAAGGCCGGAGCAUGCAUAUUUCAAAGGCGUUUUAUUUUUUGGGCAUGGAAAUACACGCGGGGGUAAUGGGGAAUACCCCGCGCCCACCGACAACGGACGCAUGGGGGCUGUUACUAAGAUCAGAUAGAAUCAAUAUCACCAGUACC